AUGGAGAAGCACUUGGAUGCGUUAAGCAAGCAGAUUGUGGACCUCAACAAGAUCGUCUAUCCUCAUCAUGAUCGGAGUGCUUCUGCUGUGGAGUAUCCUGAUCUAUCAGGCCUAAGUGAGGCCGACCGAGCGGCGGAGUCGGCGUGGCUCCAUGAGCGAGCGUGGGACGAGACGGUGAAGCGAGGCGAUGCCAAUGAGUUGCUACUGCGCUUGGGGUGGGAGUACGUCUGGCUUGCCUCUGAGAUGAGGACUCUGGAUUUCUCCGGCAUGAUAGAGGCCAAACGAGCGGUGAAGGCGGAGAGGCUCAGGGAGGAAGCGCUGGAGAAGGCCCGUUGUCUCUAG